CUGCAGCCACUAUAUCCGGUCUCCCCGGACCCUGCAGCCACUAUAUCCAGUCUCCCUGGACCCUGCAUUCACUAUAUCCGGUCUCCCCGGACCCCGCAUUCACUAUAUAUGGUCUCCCCGGACCCCGCAUUCACUAUAUAUGGUCUCCCCGGACCCCGCAUUCACUAUGUAUGGUCUCCCCGGACCCUGCAUUCACUAUAUCCGGUCUCCCCGGACCCUGCAUUCACUAUAUAUGGUCUCCCCGGACCCUGCAUUCACUAUAUAUGGUCUCCCUGGACCCUGCAUUCACUAUAUCUGGUCUCCCCAGACCCUGCAUUCACUAUAUCUGGUCUCCCCGGACCCUGCAUUCACUAUAUCUGGUCUCCCCCGGACCCUGCAUUCACUAUAUCUGGUCUCCCCAGACCCUGCAUUCACUAUAUCUGGUCUCCCCGGACCCUGCAUUCACUAUAUCUGGUCUCCCCGUACCCUGCAUUCACCAUAUCUGGCCUCCCAGGACCCUGCAUUCACUAUAUCUGGUCUCCCACAGUACACAGAACAUGGAAAUGCAAUUAUUUUAGUAAAUAUAAGCUGCUAAAUACCUUUUCUCAUCAGCAGUUAGAGCAGUCUUGU